AGACAACGGAAGUGACGUGUCUUCAAGCCUCUCACGGAAAUGACCGCCACCACAACAAACAAGAGUUUAGUUUGAUAUGUGAGCAUUUAUUACAUACUUUUUUUCACCAUUUGAGGUUUUAUAAAGGUGUGCCACAGGUAGACAUCAACAAGAGACAGUUAUCUACGUUACAGAUUACAUUAGUCUGUUUUGAUUGAACUCCUAACGAACCCUCAGUUAGCUCGAUAAAAGUUAGUUAUAUAGGAGCUAUUAUUUGCAGGAAAUGGCCUGCACUUUGGAAAAGGUGUUGGGCGACGCUCGGACUCUUCUCGAAAGGCUGAAAGAGCACGACACUGCGGCCGAAAGCCUGAUCGAGCAGUCAGGGGCCCUCAACCACACCGUACAAAGCAUGAGAGAGGUGGGCAAUGCUCCUCCUGAAAAGCAUAUAGAUGAUGCUUCAGUGUUUCAAGAGCUCAGCAAAUACAAGCCACAUGCUCUUCUAACUCAGGAAAACACCCAAAUCAAGGAACUCCAACAAGAAAACAAAGAACUAUGGCUGUCUUUAGAAGAACACCAGUAUGCCCUAGAACUCAUCAUGGGUCGGUAUCGCAAACAGAUGCUGCAACUCAUGAUGGCAAAGAAAGAACUGGACACAAAGCCUGUGCUUACAAUGCAUGAGGAUUAUGCUAAGGAGGUGCAGGGUCAAGUAGAGAGGAUAUGCGAGAUGGGUCAAGUGAUGAGGAAAGCAGUGCAAGUAGACGACCAGCAUUACUGCUCGGUUAGAGAGAGGUUGGCUCAAUUAGAGAUUGAAAACAAGGAAUUGCGUGACCUUCUGACCAUCAGCAAGGCAUCUGUAUGUACACCAAAAGAAGAUUCUAAUGAACCAGCCCCAACAACAAUAAUCAUACCCACUACUAUCGCAACAACAGCUACAAUGGAAGAAACAGUCUUGACCCCAGCCAUAACAGUGCCACCAGAAGAUCAUUCAGAACCAGAAUCUAAUACAGAUCAGUGAAAAACACCACCUGCAGUUACAAUCAUCAUUCACCAUCUAUAUUUGUAUUAUUAUGCAUAUAUCUUUGUAGCACCACAAACCAUCACAUUCUCAUGUCUUUUUUCUAUUUGGCCAAAAAAUGUUCUACCUCUUAUGUGAUCCAGUUUAGCAAUGCAAAACCUAAACAAAUGUAAAUAGCCACAGCUGCCGUGGUAUACAGUCCUAUCUUGUAAUCUUUACAGUUAAUGUAGCUUACACUCUCACUCAGUGUCAAGGCUGUUUUUAGCUGAUUAAGACUUGCAGUAGACAAUUUCUGUUUAUUGUCAGUUGUGAGUUUAUAUGCAUUGUUGGUGCAUUUUUUUCCAUCUAUGCUUCCAGGUGCCAAUUUUUUUCUAAUAAUGUAUUUCUAAAUUAUGUAUACUACACUUUUGUUUAAAGUUUUAGAAAGUGUGUCUUGAAAAUCGCCUGUGUGGUCAACCAAUGUGCAUUGUCAUCUCAGGAAAUCAGUGUUAUAGUGGUGUGUUCAAAAAAUUUAAAUAAAAUGAAGUUGAUAUAAAAAUA